AUGAUAUCAUUAAUAAGUUAUAAUUUAUGUAAAUCUGGUAUAUUAUUUGAACAAGCAACAAAAGAAUAUAAUGAAUUAUAUAUACAUUUAAUUGAACAUAAUUAUAAAUUAAUAACUAAAACUCAUGCAUAUGCAUCAUGUUUAUUUUUACUUGAAAGUCAUGAAGUUGAUUUAAAUUCAUAUGAUAUUUUAUUAUCAUUAAUUAAAGAUGAUAAUUUAACACAAAAAAAUUAUAUCAAUUAG